GUAGUGUUUAUAAUGUUGUGGUGACGUCCGCAUGGUGUUAUGUUUUGUAAUUAAUUUUGAAAUUUUACUAAUUAAGUUAUAACUUAUGUGUAUUUAGGAGAAUGUUAACAUAAUUAAAAAUUUAUUUAUAAUGCGCCAAAGUGUGAAGACCAAUAAAAUGUUUAUUAUUCGAGCUUUAGAAAAAAUACUCAGCGAUCGCGAGAUCAAGCGCAUUCAUCACAGCGAAUUGCGGAAAGCUUGCAUGGUAGCCUUAGAGGAAAUAAAGAAGGAAACAAAAGAAGAUAGUGAAGAAGUGAAGAGCUCAUCAUGUUUACCUCUGCCAAAAUCUAAAGCAGGCAACUUGGAAGCUGAAAAAUACUUUUUACCUUUUGAAUUAGCAACACAGUCUAAAACGCCAAGAAUAGUAGCUAUAGGGAUUGACUGUGUACAGAAGCUGAUUGCAUAUGGGCAUCUUACUGGUAAGAUAUAUGAUCCUGCAGAUCCUUCAAAACUCUUGAUUGAUCGCAUAGUUGAAACUAUUUGUUCAUGUUUUCAUGGACCAAAUACUAACGAUGGUGUUCAGUUGCAAAUUAUUAAAGCCCUCUUGACAUUAGUAACAUCAAAUGCAUGUGAAGUACAUGAGGGAAGUGUUUUGCUUUCAGUUAGAACUUGUUAUAACAUAUACCUGGCUAGCAGAAAUCUUAUAAAUCAAACUACUGCAAGAGCUACUCUUACGCAGAUGCUCAAUGUAAUUUUUUCUCGAAUGGAAAGUGAAGCUGCUAAUGGUGAAGAUGAGGGUUCUAAGCAUGCAUUUCCAGCAAAUUUAGAUAAGGAGAAAAUUGAAGAAACAGAGGAAGCCCAAGCGAAUGAAAAUAUCAAAUUAGAAGUUGCAUCUGUUCUUCAAGACAUUGUUGAACGAGUGGCAGCAGAAGUUACACAUUCAUCACACAUUACAGAAAAAACAGGCAGCCUGACCUCAACUCCUUCAUUAGAAACAGCAGCAGCUGGGGAUGUUAUUCCUGGUGUUUUACUUCCUAGAAUACCAUCUGAAGACAGUUUAGAAUCUUAUGAAAGCCACAUGCACACAGAACCUGUUCAGCCAAGUUUUUCUCAUAUUUUGCAAAAGGAUGCAUUUUUAGUUUUUCGUUCCUUAUGUAAACUAAGUAUGAAGCCACUGCCAGAAGGACAACCUGAUCCUAAGUCACAUGAGUUACGCUCAAAAGUAUUGUCAUUAGAGCUUCUGCUUUCAAUUCUACAAAAUGCUGGGCCUGUUUUCAAAUCUACAGAUAUGUUCAUUAAUGCCAUAAAGCAAUAUCUCUGCGUUGCAUUGUCUAAAAAUGGAGUCUCAUCUAUACCUGAAGUUUUUGAACUCUCAUUAUCUAUAUUUUUAGCCUUAUUACAGAAUUUCAAAAGACAUCUUAAAAUGCAGAUUGAGGUUUUUUUCAAGGAAAUAUUCUUAAAUAUUUUAGAAAUAUCUAGUAGUUCAUUUGAGCACAAAUGGAUGGUUAUUCAAGCUUUAACACGGAUGUGUUCAGAGCCCGAAAACAUCGUUGAUAUCUAUGUCAAUUAUGACUGUGAUUAUACUGCAGCAAAUAUUUUCGAACGAUUGGUGAAUGAUUUAUCGAAGAUUGCUCAAGGUAGGCAGGCAUUAGAGCUGGGGGCUACAUCUGCUCAAGAGAAAUCCAUGCGUAUUAAAGGACUUGAAUGCUUAGUAUAUGUGCUGAAAUCCAUGGUGGAAUGGAGUAAAGAUCUAUAUGUGAAUCCAAUCCAGCAGGCAAAUCUUGGCCCUGAUAAGGAGAAAGGUAUUUCAGAGGAUUUGGAUUCUGGAAAGGGUACCAUUACAAGCUUACACGGCAGCAUAAGUUCACUCAAUUCAACAUCAUCAAGUUUUUGUAUGUUACCUAAUGAUAAUCCUGAACAGAUUGAAGUUAUGAAGCAAUUAAAAGAGAUUAGAGAGCAAGGAAUUGACUUAUUUAACCGCAAGCCAGAAAAAGGUAUAGCGUACUUACAGGAGCAUGGAAUAUUAGGUUUUACACCAUGGGAUAUAGCUGAAUAUCUGCAUUCUGAAGAACGGUUAGACAAGACACUGGUUGGAGAUUUUCUUGGAGAGAAUAAUAAAUUAAAUAGGGAAGUGAUGUGCUGUUAUGUUGAUCAAAUGAAUUUUGCUGGAAUUGAUUUUGUCUCAGCUUUACGGCGCUUCCUUGAAGGAUUUCGCUUACCUGGAGAAGCUCAGAAAAUUGAUCGUUUAAUGGAGAAGUUUGCUGCUCGCUACUGUGAAACAAAUCCAAACAAUGGACUCUUUGCAAGUGCAGAUACUGCAUAUGUUCUUGCUUAUUCAAUCAUUAUGCUAACAACUGAUUUGCACAGUCCUCAGGUAAAAAACAAAAUGACUAAAGAAGAAUAUAUUAAAAUGAAUCGUGGUAUUAAUGAAUCAAAAGAUCUGCCAGAGGAAUAUCUGUCUGCAAUAUAUGAUGAAAUUGCAGGGAAUGAAAUAAAAAUGAAAUCAACAGGAACAAAAUUUAGUGGAAAAGAAGCAUAUGGCAGUGAAAAGAAGCGUCGCCUGUUAUACAAUGUGGAAAUGGAACAAAUGGCUCAAACCGCAAAAGCUCUGAUGGAAAGUGUUAGUCAUGUACAAGCUCCUUUUACAUGUGCAAAACAUUUGGAACACGUGCGUCCAAUGUUUAAGUUAUCAUGGUCUCCAUUUUUGGCGGCAUUCAGUCGUACGCUAAAUGAUUGCGAGGAUUCUGAAAUAGCUAACUUAUGUUUGGAGGGUAUAAGAUGUGCAAUUAGAAUUACAUGUAUUUUUCAUAUGACGCUGGAAAGGGAUGCAUAUGUUCAGGCCCUUGCAAGAUUUACAUUACUUACAGCAAAUUCUCCAAUUACCGAGAUGAAAGCCAAGAACAUUGAUACCAUCAAAAUACUUAUUACCAUUGCUCACACAGAUGGAAAUUAUUUAGGCAAAUCUUGGCUAGAGAUUCUUCGCUGCAUAUCUCAACUUGAAUUAGCUCAAUUAAUUGGAACUGGAGUUAAACCCCAAUAUUUAAACACUUCAGCUUCUCAUCCUGAAGGGUCCUCCUUGAUGUUUGAUCCUGUUGAUUUAGCUCGUGGCCGUCUUCCAAUGGAUCAGAAGCGAAUAGCCUUGCUACAAGAAUCCAUGGGAGAGACAAGCUCACAGAGUAUCAUUGUAGCUGUUGAUCGGAUUUUUACUGGGUCUACUAGUUUAGAUGGCUAUGCAAUAGUUGAUUUUGUAAAAGCCUUAUGCCAAGUCUCAUUAGAAGAAUUGGCAAGUCCAAACCAUCCAAGAAUAUUCAGCUUACAGAAGAUUGUUGAAAUAUCAUACUAUAAUAUGAACAGAAUAAGAUUGCAAUGGUCUCGCAUUUGGGAAAUAAUUGGAGAACAUUUUAAUAAAGUAGGUUGCAGUCCAAUUGAAGAUAUUUCAUUUUUUGCUGUGGACUCUUUAAGGCAGUUGUCAAUGAAGUUCAUCGAAAAAGGUGAAUUCGCAAAUUAUAGAUUUCAAAAAGAUUUCCUGCGGCCUUUCGAAUAUGUCAUGAAAAAUAACAGAUCACCAGCUAUCAGAGAUAUGGUCGUUCGGUGUAUUGCUCAGAUGGUAAAUUCACAAGCACAAAAAAUAAAAUCUGGAUGGAAGAACAUAUUUAGUGUUUUUCAUUUGGCUGCAGCUGAUGAUCAAGAGGCUAUAGUAGAACUAGCUUUUCAGACAACAGGAAAGAUCAUCACUGUUCUUUAUGAUAAAUAUUUUCCUGCUCUUAUUGAUUCUUUUCAAGAUGCAAUCAAAUGUCUGAGUGAAUUUGCUUGUAAUGCUAGUUUUCCUGAUACAAGCAUGGAAGCUAUCCGCUUGAUACGACAUUGUGCUAAAUACGCAGCUGAUGAACCACAAAUGUUUAGUGAACAUAAUACUGAAGAUUUGAGUGUACCAGAAGGUGACAGGGUUUGGGUGCGUGGCUGGUUUCCUAUUCUGUUUGAAUUGUCAUAUAUUGUCAGCAGGUGUAAACUAGAUGUAAGAACGAGAGCUUUAACAGUGAUGUUUGAGAUUGUGAAGACAUAUGGUUGGCUGUAUAAACCCAAUUGGUGGAUGGAUCUGUUUAAAAUAAUUUUCCGAAUAUUUGACAAUAUGAAAUUACAGCAAACAGAAAAAAAUGAGUGGAUGACUACUACGUGUAAUCAUGCCCUUUAUUCAGUUGUCGAUGUUUUCACCCAGUAUUAUGAAGUUUUAAAUGAACUAAUGCUUGACAGUUUGUACAGCCAGUUGCAGUUAUGUGUGCAACAAGACAAUGAGCAGCUUGCAAGGUCAGGUACAAAUUGCUUGGAAAAUCUAGUCAUAUCUAAUGGAGUAAAGUUUUCUAAGGAUAAGUGGGAUCAAACCUGUGAUUGUAUGCUGGAAAUUUUUAAUAUAACUCUUCCAACAGCUCUGCUAACCUGGAAGUCCUCUUCUGAAAGUGAGAAAAGUGAUUUUACUGCAGCUAUUGAAAGCAAAACUUUGGAAAAAGAUAAUAAAUGCCUGAAGUCCAGUACUAGUUCAGGUGAAAGAAUAAAAACUUUGACUUCCUCUGAAAGUGCUGUUGAGAAAAAAGUUGCAUAUCGCACUACUGAAAAGGGUGGUAGUAAUUUUCAAAACCUUGGAGAAGUGGAUUUUCAGCAACAAAUUCAUCCUGUACCUGAAAAAGUCGAAAAAGUACAUACACUCAUUGAGAGUCGCCAACAUAUUACUCCAGACAAGCUGGAAAAUCAGAGUAGUCUUCCUGGUGAAAAAAGAAGUUUUGAUGGUAGUCCGUCCGUUGUAAAAAGAAAUGAAAAUGAUGAUGAGAAACUCUUUGCCUCACUAAGAAUAAAAUGCAUUGUCCAGUUGGAACUUAUUCAAGCAAUUGAUAAUAUAAUUUUUUACCCUGCAACCAGUCGAAAAGAAGAUGAGAAGAACCUUGCUGCAGCACAGGCUGAGGUAAGGGAAAAUAAUGAGUUUUGGUUGCAUGACAGUAUGCAGCAAGAACCAGAGGGCAUGUAUCCGCAUUUAACAUCUUCACAACUUCUGAAAUUAGUUGAUUGCCUCAUGGAAUCUCAUCGCUUUGCAAAAAAAUUUAACUCAAAUCAUGAGCAGCGCAAUCUGUUGUGGAAAGCAGGAUUUAGAGGAAAUGUUAAGCCUGAGUUGUUAAUGCACGAGUCCAAUAGCUUGGCCUGCUCACUUAGAAUUUUAUUCCGGAUUUACGCUGAUGAGACCAGACGAGAUUCCUGGGAGGUAGUUGAGCAGAAACUUAUUUUAAUAUGCCAAGAAGCACUAGAGUACUAUCUUAGUCUAACUGCUGAAAAACAUAAGGAUUCAUAUACUAGUCUCUUACUCUUACUAUUUUGCUGCGUUAAUCAGUUGGAUGAUGCACGGUUUUGUAUACAUGCAUCUGCAUAUUAUUUGUUAUUUUGUGAGAUGAUUUUCCAUGAAGCUAAAACUGAGCUAAGAGCUGUAUUGAAACGUUUCUUCAUCCGGUCUUACAGAGCUUUUGAAAUAUGCAAUUACAAAUCCCACUGACAAUGACUUUCAGAAUGUACAGUGAUAUUAAUGCAAUAUUUGUAGAUAAGGAGCUAAAAUGCUACAAAUUACAGACUUCAAUUCUCUUAAUGCCAUGUCAUAAAAUAUGCCUGACUAGUCAGUUUUGGGCAAAAACUUUGUACAUAUUUUAAUUACAAAUGCUAUAUAGCUCCUUUAUAAAUUUAGUAGUAUUUUGUUGUGAUAAAGGAAGGGGAAUAACUGUUUUCUUAGAGAUCCAGUUUUGAUGAACUUUAUUUUAUAUAUAAGAAAUAAAAUGAAUUUUCUGAUACUAGUGUAUUGAAACUAAUUUAAACUAUGCACUUAGCAAAAUAUGGCUGCUGUGCCAUAUUAUUUAUUUUCAUCAAUUGUUAAGUCCUAUAAUAGAAAAAAGUAUAGCAUUUUUUGUGAGUUCCUUUUAUCUGUACUGACUUAUGAAAAAAUAUGAAACUGUUAUUCAGGGGUUUAGCAUUUUUAAUAUUUACUUUAUAGUAACCAUAUUGUACAUCCUGCCCUCAAAAAACACACUGUAAUGUUUCUAGAGUAGUGUGAUAAUAUUUUUAGAUUCCUUGCAUCCAAAAUAAAUAAAUUGUAAAAGAUUAUUUUGUUUAAUAAUGAAUAUGAUUUUAAUAACUUCUAAAAUAAGUAUUUAUGUAUUGUGUACAAUUUUAAAUAUUGAUUCAUACUGAUGGAUACUAAUGAACAUGUUACAUAUAAAAUGUUUUAUUCAUCUUUUGACCAUCCUUUAAGAAAUAAGAAUAAACAAAUAUAAAUUCAAGUUUUGGAAAUAUAUGUGCAUUCUAAAUCUUCUAGAUAUCUUAAUUCUUACUGCUGUAACUUAAUGUCAUUUAUUAUACUUUCAUUCAGAUUUGUUCUCGUUUUAGAUCUUUUAUUUUAUUGUUCAAUUUUAAAGUAUGAUAAAGGUAAUAAACCUAACAAGGAGGGAAACAAUGUCAAUAUUUUUAAUUUCACAAUUGUAGUGUUUUUAAAUAAUUUUUUUAUUGUCUUAAAAAUAUAUUUGGAAUUAAGAGCUGUACUUAUUUUACUGUACAUUCAGUAAAUUUUAGUUAUAAGAAGUCCUAUGUCUGUUGCACAGAUAUUCUGUUAUAUCAUGAUUCUCGAAAAACAUACAUAAUUUUUCUUUCUUUGUUUUUUGUGUGUGUACAUGUGGGAUUAUCCAAAUAUGCAUCAUAUGCCUUCUGAACGUUGCGUUGUAGUACAUGCUUUUUCAUAAAAUGUAUUUAUUUUACCUAUCUAUUCAUAGGUUAUUUUACAUUUACAUUUUAACAUCUGUUGAAAUUUGGAUGAUAUAAUUUAUAAGGUCAUUCUAUGAAUUUUCAUUGUAUAACAUUCCACAAAUUUCACUAUCAUUGAAAUAAUUACAUUAUUUUUAAAUGCUGUAAUAUUUGUCUUAAAAUUCUGAAGUAUUUUUUUGACUGUGUAAGAAAUAUUUAUAAAAUGUAAGAGUAUCUAAUAAAAUGUUGACAUUCUUUGUUCAUUGGUGGUGUUUGAUACCUGAUCAUCAAAUUUUAUCUCAAGUCAGUAUUCCUUACUGAUGCUACUUCUAAAUGGCUUAAAAUGAAAACAGAUUUUCUUCUUGAGAGUUUAAUUUAUAUAAUGUUCAAGAAAAAUAAAACAGGAACUUUUAUAAAA